AUGGCGUCCUUAGAGCUUUCUCAGGAACUGAAUUCCAAAUUCACGAAAAUCAAAAUUGGACGAAAGAAGAGAACACAGACAUUAGCAGCGGCCAUUGAUUGUGGGAACUGGGUCAUAUUCAGAGACCUGUUGUGUGACGAGGAUGUGGAUGUGGCUGACGUCGAGAGAUGUCUCGUUCUCCACAAGCUGGCUUCCACACCAGACAUCAGCCUCUCGUUUGUAGAAGACAUCGUGGACAAGAUCUUGUCACAUGACGUGAACAUUAACAUGACUGACGAAAACGGAGACACGGCUGUUAUGGUGGCCGCCAGAUGUGAGAACUGGAGAGUUCGUGUGGCUUCUGAUGUCCCAAACUUAGAUGUUGGUGGCUUGUCCAUGACUUGCUUCCUGCUGCUAUUGAACUAUAAUACUCUGGACGAAGAUGGCUUGGGAGUUGUGCACAGACUUGCUCAAGGUGGCAAGAAGAGUCACAUUUUCCUCUUACGCAAAGUGCGUAAAAGUGGCGGAGAUAUUAAUUUACAGAAUGCAGAUGGCAACACAGCUACACACGUUGCAGUUAAAAAUAAAAAGUGGAAUAUGGCGUGGGUCUUGUUACGGCGAGGAGCUAGAGUCGACAUUCUUAACAACGACAAAUACACGGUCUUACAUAUGUUGGCUCUGUAUCUUCGUCCAGCCACAGAGAAGUGUACCAACAUUUUCUCAUUGUUGAAACCCGGCUGCCUGAAUAUAGACGCACGUGACAGCAGAGGAAACACCACCCUGCAGUUAGCAGUUAAAGAAGGAAACACUGAGGUAGCUGAAAAGCUACUAAACAUUGGUGCACGUGCUGAUGUGCUGGAUGAAAAUGGAGGGACUGUCCUGCACACAAUGGCGACACAAAAUCAUGAAUAUACAUCUUCAUUGUUGAAACAAGCUAUUGCUUGCGGUGCAGGAUUAGAAAUGAAAAACUUAGAAGGAAACACUGCUUUACACGUGGCUGCAAAGCUUGACAAUUGGGAUACCGUGGACAAGUUGAUAGCUAAUGAUUCCGUUUUCUUGAAAGCUUUCCAGUCACUGUUCAGCUGCAUUUGGCGGUCAAACUCAGACGUUGGAAAUGUCCUUGAAGAUCUGGUAAAGGAAGGUGCAGACGUGAACACCCCCGACCGCUUUGGAUGUACAGUGCUUCAGAGACUUGCACAGUUGGAUUCAGAGGCGCACAUUGUCGGUGUAUUCGGAUUUCUGGUCAAUAGAGGCGCAAAUAGAGCCGUUAGAACCUCAGUUGGUGACAACUUGCUACAUCUGGCUGCCAGAAAUAAGCAUUGGAGGGUUGUAGAUCAGCUGUUGAGGCGGCAGUUCAGUGCAUAUGAACCCGACAGCGAAGGAUAUUGCGUUCUUCACAGACUUGCUGAAUACAGAGGGAAGAACCUCCCGGCUCUCUUUAGGGUGCUCCAUAACGGAUGGGCAACAAAUUCAGCUCGGGGUCCAAGUGGUGACACCUUAUUACAGCUUGCAGCAAAACAUGGAAACAUCCCUAUGGUCGAAUAUCUGGUUCAGGAAGGCGCUAAAACAAACAUAAACCAACUGGAUAGUGAGGGGUUAAGUGUUAUUCAUCAAAUAGCUCAGUGUGAAUCUGAGUACAGAGCAGGUAAUCUUGUUUCUGUUGUAAACCUGCUGCUCAGCAAAGGAGCCAAUCCUCGUCUUCGUAACUUGGUCGGCGACACUGCGCUAAAUUUAGCGGCCAGUCACAACAACUGGAACAUAGUCGAAAGUCUUGUUGAGAGCGGGUGUGAUCUCAACCAGCCUGACAGUAAGGGAUUUUCUAUUCUUCACAGACUUGCGCAAAGAGAAGAAUCGUUUAAGUACCCCUCAAGUGAAAUAUCAUUGGACACCCUGUUUUGUAUGCUUCUUGAGAAAGGGGCAAAUCCUUUUGCUCGCAGUCCGAGAGGUGAAACAGUCUUGCAUAUGGCGGCUAAACAUAGGAAGUGGACAAUGGUCAAACGUCUGGUAGAGCGAGGAGCCAAUAUAAACGAACCUGACAGUGAGGGAUUCUACGUUCUUCACAGACUUGUUCAAGACUCAGACAAAAAUGACGAGAUACUGGAACUCUUAGUUGGAAAAGGCGCGAAUCUCAACUAUAAAUGUCCAAAUAUCGGAACGGCACUGCACAUAGCCUUAAAAGGGCAGCGGUGGAGUUUAGCAAAAAAACUGGUUCAGUUGGGUGCAGAUGUUAACGAACUUGAUUUCGAGGGACUCAGUGUCCUUCACAUUAUUGCUGCGCAGAAAUCAGUUUAUUAUGAAAGUCGUGGUCGCACGUCACUCAUCCAUCUUCUCAUAACUAAGGGCGCAGAUGUGACUGCACGCAGUCCUAGAGGUGACUCAGUUUUUCAUUUAGCUGCUAGAAACGACAAUUGGAAUGUAAUUGAGCAGAUACUUACUCACGAACCAGAUGGGGUAGAAAACAACAAGUCAACAGACUCUGAAAGUGAAGGAUUAACUAUUCCUUUCACGCUAGUUACAAAUAAUUACAGAGCAAUGGAAAAACGGUGUCGACAUCAACACGAAAGAUCAAAAGGCUUGACCGCACUACAGCUGGCAUUGCUCGGUAAACAGUGGGAAGUUGUACAAUUCCUUCUGGAGAGUGGAGCUCAUGUUGAUCAGAACAAUCCAUUAAAAGGGAAAUCACCUUUUCAUGAGCUGGCCAUGGAUACUAGUGUAGGUGCUGUAACAGCGAGAUUAGUGACUGAACGGCUGGUGGUUCAUGGGAUAAAUGUUAAUGAACGUGACACACAGGGUGACACACCCGUGAACCUAGCCGCUAAAAAUGGGAACUGGGAGGUGGUUAGGGCAUUAUUAGAGCAUGGGGCUGAUGCUAGCCUUCCAGACAGUCAGGGAUGGUUUGUGUGUCACAUACUGGCGAAGGACAACAGUCACUUGAAGCUUUCUGGAGAACGCCUGUCAUGUUUAUUGUUGUUACUAACUAGAAACUGGUUUUCAAGUAAACCAGACAGGACCUGACGGAAAGAGCUGUGUACAGCUGUCUAUAGAGCAUCGCCACUGGGAGCUUUUUUGGUGGCUAGCUGAAUUUGGAGUAGCUUAUUGUUUUACUUUAAAAGAAAAGAAAGCAAUUUUGGAAUGUAAUUUUCUGUUAACAAGAUAUACGGGAGACGAGAAUAAACUGAGAACUUUGAUAUUGCAUGUCGCUGAAAAAGACGAUUUUUCUUGCCAAGAACUUAUGGAGCAAAAAAAUGAAGCGCUGCAAAUGAGUUUCUUAGCUUGUAGCUGGGUUGUGGCCAAAGCACUUGUCGAAUGUGGUGCUGACAUAGGAAUAAAUGUUGGCGGCGUCCCUCUGAUGCAUUUUCUUAUAUCAAAAUUUUGGCAAUCUGAUCAUGAGAUGUGGCUUUCUUUUCUAGACGCUUUGCUGGCGAAGGGAGCAGAUAUUAACAGUCGGGAUGAAAAUGGAAGAACAAUCUUGUUUCAGAGCUGGAGGAAUAUGAGGGCUCACGCUAAUUUUUUUGCUUCAUACGCGCUUCUUCGAGCAUUGCUGGACAGAGGAGCCAGUCCUCUUAUUGCAGACUGUAAUGGAAUAUCGAUACUCCGAGAUGUUUUAGAUCUUGACGGAUGUCUGGCCACAAAAUAUGUCCAGUUCUUCAUAGAGCGUGGCAUCUCUACCUAUCAACCAGCCUUAACAGAGACUUUCAGUAUUCCCAGCCAGUCAGGAAGUAUUCAUGUAUCAACACGAUCUCCUACACAGCGGGCUUUUGAAAAGAAGUUUGUCAAGGCCUUUGAGAUGCUCGUUGAAUCAGGCGCCAGCUCCAACAGGGAAUUAUUUGAGCUCAGUACACGAUAUCAGGUGGAGCUUUCCUCCAGAGACAAGACAGGAGCCGAGACACAGAUGCUGGACAUUGUGAACCACGCCGCCAGUCAGCCUCGGUCUCUCAAGUCUUUGUGUCGCCUGACUGUCUCUCACGCUCUUGGCUGCGACCGUCGUAGGAUGGACAGGGUUAAAUCCCUUCACUUCCUGCUGCACUUCAGGAUUAUGUCCUAUUCUCUGACUUACUUUCUACUGAAUUACCAUCUCCAGCAGACGAAACUGAAGAUCUGUACUUCCAGAGGACAGAAUUUAGUUUUUCGCGUUUCUCACCUACGUACACCCCAUGGUCUGCUGUCUAUGAUUUCAGAAGUGACAAUUACUUAUCCCCCCGUUACAGCUACGGUUAUGAUACAGACGACUAUAUAGACUUGGAUAAGGAGCCGUAUUACGCGUGUUGGUAAUUAUUUUAAGCCCUGGCGAUGUCAUAGAACAAUAUCCCAUCGCCCGCACAACUAUAGGGCGAGACUGUCUGUAUCGCUGUGUUUGGCGAAAAUUUUCUUAUUUGUGAUGUCGAUUGUUGAAUCUGUGCUUUUGUUGAUAUGCUUGCUUAUGUGUUUGAUCAUUUUGUUUGACUACCAUAGAGUUUGUGUCAAUCUGCUGACCAAUGCUUUCUAAAAUUCGCGUCGACUAACGGUCUCUUUUCUCAGACUGUGCCAGCUUGGUCACAGCUGUGUGGCCUUACAAUUCGUCAGCGAUGUGGGUGGUGUCGGUUCUCCAUCACUGUAAUAUGCGGCGAGAGACAAAAUCAUUUCCUACCUGCCCAGUGCACAUAGAGGGACGUCACUCUGCUGAAGACACUGGUUGUGUCUGUUUAACGUGCUUUCUAUUUCUAUUUUCAAGAUGCAGUAGUAGGAUAUUUCUUUAAACACGUACACCAUCGACGGUAUUAAUGCUAAGUUUACAUCAGAGGAUCAAAUGUACAAAGCUAGGGGAAAAAGUUAUUUCUAUUUGCCACUUUAAUUUGCAGAUAACACUAUAAUGACUCACUGUUACCAUUAUUUCAUUCAAUUUGGUAUGAACCGAUCCAAAUAUUUUCUUUCAUUUGUAUCUUGUGUCCAAGUUAAUUGAUAUAACAGCGUAUUUUUCUUAUUUUUAAAUAAAUUUAAUUCUAAUAAAAUGGUGUCCAGCAUAUUGUCGUGUCAUUAAAACAUGUCAUAACCAAGUAAUACAGAACAUAAUUUUAUGUCCAGGCUGUUCUAAAACAUUCAAACAUGAAUAUUUCCAGAAGUUUCUCUUUUUCUCAUUACAAGAGGAUUUCAAUUUCGUUUUGAAGCCUCAGAUAGCUUACUGAAGUCUUUGUACCUAAAAUUCAUUCUACUUUUCUGAAACCAUUUUAAUUUAAUUUCUUGUACAGGCUGUAUUUUAUCGAAAACCCUUCUGCAGUCUGUUCAAUAGUUCAGUUUGGGAUUGAGAAACGUGGUGUUCUGUGUCAUGCUUUUAUCCUUCCAUUUCGAUCUUUUGUUUCUUUCCGGAAUGACUUAUUGUACCGAAAUUUUAAAACUAUGCAGAAUUUUAGCUACUCGUUAUAUUUGAGAUUUUUUGCUAUGAUAACAAAUCGUGUUUGCCCGCCAGUAGAGAAAAGUUCUCAUGAUUUGUGAGCAUUUAUUUUCAUUUCACAGACAAAGUGCACUUUUUCACCCGGUUAAGGUGUAUGAAGCCAAUAACUGAAUGUGUCUUAUUGAUUGCAUACUACAUCAUCAUCAUCAUCGUCGUCGUCAUUGUUGUAUGGCGUUUUGAGCUUGUCCAAAAAGCAGGGAUAUGGUUGUAUGUAUAUAAGCAAACUUUUAAAUAAUAAUAAUAAUAACAAUAACAAUUAUUUUGAAAUAGGUACGUAAACGCUAUUGAAUUUUCUCCAUAGACCUGCAGUUUGGUAGCUUUUUGUAUUUUCUUUAUUGUUAGAUUGCUUCACACUCUUCAACUUCAUUCCUCCAAAUACCAUCUUAGUUUUACAACUACUUUAUAUACUCCUGGACUGAUUAAGUAUGUCGUUGUAAAUGUACAGUUUCAUGAUGCUGUUUGAUCAUUUUGUAUUUCAGUAAAUGUAUUCGAAAUUGCUCUUGUUUAACACACAUAACAAACCAGAUAUUCUUUUUGCACAGUGCUUUAUAUUACUGAUAUAGGCUUGAAUAGGUUUGUGAUGAACAUUGUUCUUAGAAACAAAUCCAGAAGUCGUAAGAUGUGGAUGCAUACGUAGAUUUAAACGAUUUAAAAAUAACGAAUAACACAACUGCUUCUACAGGAAGGCACACAUGCUGUAACGGCUGUGAAAUCUUUAUUAAUGUGAGUAGAUGUGAGCAGGCGAGUCUGUUUAUUUGACAUUAUCAAUACAGAGAGUUGUUAAGGAAAUUACUUUGGUUACUUGUGAAUGUUGUCACUAUGUUGUUGCUAUUGCCUUGCUGUACUCAAGCAUUUAUCUCAUUUAUGGUUAAGGAAUUGAUGUUGAAUUGUUUCUUAUAACUUUUGCUUUUGUUAUUAAUAUUAUGUUUGAUGAGAUUUCUGGAUUUCUUUUUGAAAGUGUAUAUUUACAUUUAGUUUAUUAGAAAAUGAAUAUUUUGUAGCAUUAUUAGAACUGCAUGAGAUUGUACAUGUGUAGACAUUGAUUAAAUCGUUUUAUCAUUUCAUCGCGUAGUGUAUGAUUGUCAGUGAAACCGUAUAUUAUGUCAUCCAGAAAUUUACUUUAUAUUCUCAUAGUCCAUAGUUUUUCUGAUAAAAUUGCUUAUUUGUCAUUUUGAAGUGUUGUCUUUAGUUAUGCUCGCUGAGAAUUUAUAUUUUUAUUGAUAUUAACAUCAUUAGAUGUUUUAACUCUUGUUUAUUUGACUUUGCUGCUUAUUAUUUAAAUAAAGCUGUCAGAAUAAAA